GGCAGGAACGAGCUGUGCACAGGGCAGAGUGUGUGAGCAGCAGAGAGGGAGAGCGGUAGAGAGACACACACUCUGACUGACUGACACUAACCUGCAAGAACGCUCACUUUCGACCACCAGAGAGAGAGAGAGAGAGAGAGAGAGAGAGAGAGAGAGAGAGAGAAAGGUAAAGACAGGUAAAUCAGUUGGACCUCCUCCUCCUCCUCUUCUCCUCCUCCUCCUCCUUCUUCUUCUUCUUCUUCUUCUUCUUCUUCUGCUUCUUCUUCUUCUUCUUCUUCUUCUUCUAUGAUGAUGGACGAUUACACUCUCCCCAUCUGGAUUUACCUGGGUGUUCUCGCCGUGUUUGUUGGUGGAGCCAUGAAGAAGAUUUUGGCGUCCCACCUGAGCACCGCCCCCACGCUGGUGGCGUGGCUGGGGGUCACCGUGCUGGUGGAGCGCCUGUGGGCGUUCUGCAUGCCGGCCCUGCUGCUUCUGAUGCUGCUCGGCCUCGUCUGGUGCCUCCACUCCACCACCAGGACCGGACCGCCGCCCCCCCCACUGUCUGCACAGGGCAAGGCUGUCUUCAUCACAGGAUGCGACUCUGGGUUCGGGCAUGCGACGGCGAAGCGGCUCGAUUCUCUGGGCUUUGAAGUGUUUGCCACAGUGUUGGAUCUGUCAGGAGAGGGCGCCAGAGAGCUGCAGAGGACCUGCUCGCCCCACCUCACCCUCCUCCAGGUGGACAUCACCCAGCCACAGCAGGUCGACCAGGCCCUGCUGGACACCAGGGCCAAACUGGGCCUCAGAGGUCUGUGGGCGCUGGUGAACAACGCUGGAGUGUGUGUGAACUACGGAGACGCCGAGCUGUCGUUGAUGUCGAACUUCCGUGGCUGCAUGGAGGUCAACUUCUUCGGCACGCUGAGUGUCACCAAGAGCUUCCUGCCGCUGCUGCGACAGGCCAAAGGUCGCGUCAUCACCAUCUCCAGCCCCGCCGGCGAUCAGCCGUUCCCGUGUCUGGCAGCGUACGGGGCGUCGAAGGCAGCUCUCAACCUCCUCAUCGCCACUCUGCGCCACGAGCUGGAGCCCUGGGGAGUGCAGGUGUCCACCAUCCUGCCGUCCUCGUACAAGACAGGCCAGUCCACCAACCAGGCCUACUGGGAGAAGCAGCACCGACGGCUGCUCCAGGGUCUGUCUCCAGCGCUGCUCGAGGAGUACGGCGAGGACUACGUGACCGAGACCAAGGAGUUGUUCCAGAGCUACGCCAGCCACGCCAACCCCGACCUGACCCCCGUGGUCGACGCCAUCGUGCAGGCGCUGCUGUCGCCACAGCCCCGGGUGCGCUACUUCGCGGGACCCGGCGUGGGGCUCAUGUACUUCAUCCACAGCUACUGCCCCUCCAGCAUCAGCAACCGCUUCCUCCAGAAACUGUUUGUGAAGAAGAAGCUGAUGCCGCGCGCCCUGAGGAAGCAGUCGAGCUUCGACCUGAACCUCAGCCUCCACAACAACAACAACAACAACAACGAGGAGGAGAAACUCAAGUAGCUGUGGUAGACACAACUAGAGGACCACUUCCCACAGCUGUGUGUUGUUCCAUAGUGGUGCACCAACAUUGUUUAUUUUAGUUUCUGUAAUGUCUGGGCCUGUGGCGCCCCCGUGUGGACGGUGCUGACACUGACGAGUGGGCAGGGUUAGGGUUAACAAACGGGAUCACGACUCCGUUCCGAGGAGCUGAAGGAAGAAAACUAUAUCUCAUGUUAUUUCUGUCGUUUGUUUUUCACUUUCAGCUUCACGUUGGGCUUGUUACCGUCACUUCUCACUGAACGUGUUCAUCGCUGUGACGUCAGGACGCAGUGACACUGUCAGGUUAAGGUCACGCACCAUUCGACCCCGACACACGGCCCGACUCCGCCCACGUGGUCCUUAACACAGUUCAAAUCCACGUUAUCGCUACUGGAGCUAGCAUGCUAACCAGUGAUCUCCUCUUGUAAUACCACUUUGUGCCUCAAGAGGCGACAGUGAGUCCCUUUAGCAUCUAAUCGGCCUACAGGACCAAAGAGCUAGAUUUAGAUUAAGGAUCUGAGCGAACCCCCCGACUCGCUGCCCCCUGUUGGUUCUGAGAAUGAACUCCACAGAUGGACCCUUAAACUGUGACGAUACUUUCACCACUUCACAACAACACAACAACACAAGCGUGUGCGUUGUCUUGGGGGGCCCACGAGGAGCAUGGAUGUGCGUUUAGCGUUAUCCAUGGAGGACCGAACCUCGACUCUCCACCCACGAGUGUAACUCAGGAUUAAGUCCAGAUUAAAGUCAACGUCAAGGCUCAUUAUUAUUAUUUAUGAUUGUUUAUCGAUUAUUCGGAGCAGACAGUGGAUCAUCGUUAGUUUGACUGAUGAUGAAACUUCUGUGCCGAUCUUGGUCAUCGAUGGGAGGGGUGGUGCACGAAGCGUACUAACUCCUCCCGGGUGGCGAGAGACUGUGAAACAAGCGCGCUCAGUGAGACGAGCUGCUGUAGUGACUUGUCCAUCAGCCGGCGUAUUUCCUGCAUCACAGGAAGUGCAGAGUCAAUCCUUUCAAAACAAAAGAACACGGUAGCUGUCACAUGUUUUAUACUUACACAACCAGUUAUACUGACGCUAAUCUUAGAUUUUUACUCGUCUGUGAAUAAAAACAAAUCAACCAGUGAUCACAUGAUCUGCUUCAUCCAAUCAGGUCGGAAUUAUUUUCCUAUUGUACCGUCUGAAUAUUUUCAUGUACUGUUGUGGUUUAAAAUAAAAGACACGUUUCUUCUGUGUGGUCAUUAACUCUGAUCACGAUCUUAUCGAUGAGCAGUUUGAAAACUUUGUAUGUAAAUAUUUGUAACUUCUUGUUUUCUAUUGUUUUAUCUCAAGUGUCACAUGUAAAGACAACAUCAAGUCAAAUUUUUGCACCAUCACAAAUAAUAAUAAUCAUAAUAAUUUCCUAUAUAGUUUCUCUGUGAAAUCCAGUUCGUUCUUCGGAUUCAGGAAGUUUCAUGUCUGUGAUUAAAAGUCUGAUUUGUGACGAAUUCAACAAAAUCCAAACUUCAACUGUCGUUGUUUUCAAAAAGAUGUUUUCACAUUUCAGACGUGUGCGUUGUGUCGUGAUGUUUCUGGAACCUUUGUCGCGUGUUGUGUUUGGCAUCGUCUCACUUUUGGUCUUCAACCGAAAUAUUUAUGUCGACUUUUCACUCAUACUGUGAAUUUUUUAUGAAAAUGUAAAAAACAAACAAAAAAAAUAUGUAAGGUGUUUUUUCUUUGAUAGAAAUAAACUCAACUUUUUACACUC